AUGUUAAUCAAAUGGCUCAAAAUUGGUCUCUACUCAUUGUUUGUACUUUCCGGCGGAUCAGUUGCCACACUCUUGAGUUUGCACUUUGAGAAAGGCGGCAAGAGCAAAUGGCUAGCUUCCCUUGUUCAAUUUGUGGGCUUUGUGAUCCUCCUCCCCUUUCUUCUCAUCUCACCCAAAAGACCUUUGACAGAAGAAGGAUACCAACGUCCAAACAAGCCCUCUGCUCUUCUUCUUACAUCCAUCUAUCUCGCAUUUGGAGUGUUCCAAGCAGGAGGUGGCUUGUUGUCUAUAGUGGGAGUCAAAUACCUUCCUGCCUCCACAUAUUCCCUCGUCUCCACAAGCCAAUUGGCCUUCACCGCCCUCUUCUCUUUCUUCAUCAACGCACAGAAGCUCACUCCUUUCAAAAUCAAUUCUCUGGUUGUCCUCCCUAUCUCCUCCGUUCUCCUUGUUGUCAACACCAGCUCUUCAGGAUCUUCAGUCCCCAAAGGAAAGUACACACUCGGUUUCUUGUGCACUGUCGCAGCAUCAGCAAGUGCUGCCUUGGCGGUCACUUUGGCACAGCUAUUCUACCGAAAGUCGCUAGAAGCAAGCUGUGCCAUGGUGUUAGGGCUUUUCGCAAGCGGGGAAUGGAAGGGGCUGAGGAAGGAGAUGGAUGACUAUGAGUCGGGAAAAGUGUCAUACCUCACUUCGUUUGGGGCCGUAGGCCUAAUCUUCAAUGUGUCCUCCCUCUUCAGCAAUGCGAUUGGUACUCUAACCCUACCCAUAGUCCCUGUAGGUGCUGCUAUUUUCUUGCAUGACAAGAUGAAUGGAAUUAAGGAUUUCAAGAGCGGAAUGAAACAGCUUCUGUACGUAGCUCCUGAGGAUUCCUCCAAUGAGAGCUGCUAG